GGCUCACCUCCGCAUACGACUAAUCUAUGUCCAAUCUCACCACUCCAGCAAUGAACGGUUCACCCUCCUCAGAUCCACUAGACGGUACCGUCGUCGACCUCUUCGACCAAUGGGCCGAGAAAUCCCCGGAGCGGGUCGCAGCGGAGUGGCAAGGCGAAUCUCUCACCUACGGGGCUCUUCGCGAUGCCUCUCUCCAUGUUAGUUGCGCCCUCAUAUUGGCUGGGAUACUGCCACGCGCCCGAGUGCCGCUAUUGACCCAAAUGUCGUUGGAAAUGCUUCCGGCAGUGAUUGGGAUUUUGAGGGUAGGGGCCUGCUAUGUACCGAUGGAUGUGGCCGCCUGGAGCCGUACUCGUAUCGAGGCCGCACUCUCCGAGCUGGAUUCCCCGGUAGCGAUCAUAACAAGUUCCUGUCCCGACCUCCGACUACCUGUCAUCACUGUCAACUUUCAGAGAGAAUGGCUCGUCUCGUCACCACCAGACAAGGGUGGCCUACGACUGGAGUUGGAGGCACGCCGACGGGGAAUACAGGCCGAUGACCUUGCGUGGAUUAUUUUCACCUCGGGCACGACGGGCAAGCCCAAAGGAGUGAUGGUGUAUCACAGGAGUAUAUAUGCAGUCUGUACCGUGCAGCACGGCCAGGAGCUAGAAGAGGCCGCGCAACAAGGCGGUCGCUGCCUUCUUGCGUUCUCCAUUGCUUUCGAUGGCUGUGCUGCAGUAGUCUGGACGACUUUGGCCAAGGGUGCCACGCUAGUGAUGGCCUCGCCAUCAGACUUCCCACAGGUUGCGACAACCUGCCAAUCCUUAAACCUCACACCUUCUAUGCUGGCCGCGUUGGAUCCGUUGGGCUCUUACAACCGAGUGCGCUAUAUAUUCCUGGGGGCUGAAGCGCCAAAGCUGGAGGUUGUGCGACGGUGGAUUACGAAAAGCAGAAAAGUCUUCACCACGUACGGUCCGUCAGAAACAACUUGUGUGAUCAGCUUUGGGGAGCUGCAUCCGGACCGCGAGGUGCCUUUUGGUGAACUUAUCCCCGGGGUGAGGGUUGUCUUGGUCGAUAAGGAGAUGAAGGAGUCCAACUAUGGCGAGGUCCUGAUAUCCGGGCCUGGUCUAGCUGCUGGAUACCUCAACAAUCCUACACUCACAGCGAAAAAGUUCAUCGACUGGGAAGGCAGUCGCUUCUAUAGGACUGGGGAUCUCGCACGCAGGUCCGAAGAUGGAAAGCUAUUAUGGGCAGGCCGCGCGGAUUCACUCAUCAAGAAUCGCGGCUUCUUGAUUGAUCUGGAGACUGAAGUUGAACCGGCGAUGCAGGCUUAUCCUCAAGUCAACUUAGCCGUGGCUUUCCAGUGGCGUGAUAGGCUUGUGGGCUGUGUACAGCCGUCCACCGUCGACGUGGAAGAACUACGCAAAUUCCUGCAGAAUCGUGAGGAUCCCUUUGUCAUCCCCGAUAUGAUCUUCGCCAUGGACAAUUUCCCACUCAAUGUCAAUAGUAAAACGGAUCGCUUGGCACUCAAGGCCCAAUUGGAUGAGAAGCUGGGCCAAGAUGAUGCUGCUGACGGAAUCGUUUCUGUUCUCGAGACAGACAGACUCACGGCUUACGACGCGUUACGUUUGGCCUUUUCCCGAUGUCUGCAGAACAGAUUCAAGACUAUGGACCGGGGCUCGUCUUUCACGCGACUGGGAGGAAAUUCGUUGACAGCCAUUCAAGUUUCAAACUUUCUGAAGCAGCGGGGAUACAUGAUUCCGGCCGCGCAAAUCCUCAAACUAGACACGAUCGAACGGCUGGAGGGCCGCCUGAGAAGACACUCUGACGUCGAUGUCACGGAAAGAGAGAUCACGAGCUUGCGAGCUACGGCGACACCUGUGCAGCAGCUCUUCCUCAACCGGUCUUUGGAGACACCACAUACCUUUGCUAUCAUUGGCCUGACCAAGUAUAUCGGCGACCCCUGCCGAACUCCUACCUCCAGUGACCUGCGUGGUGCCCUGGAAAAGACGCUCUCAGCGCACAGCAUCUUCCGCACGAGAUUUGAUCUAACGGACUUCACACUCUCCGAUCUAGGCCGACUCAAUCUCACCUGGACCGAGAUCAGUGUGCCUGAGAACGAGUUCGAGCAGGCCUGUGAGGCAGCUGAAGAAGAAUCAUGGCAAGCCGUGAGCAGGACCACGCGCUCCGACAACGAAGUCCCGUACUGUGCUGUGAUCUGCAUCUCUGUUCCCGGCCGCAGAGCACUGGCCUUUGUGACGCGGAUUCAUCAUGUCCUCACCGAUGUGUUCUCCUCUGCCAUCUUGUCGCAGGACCUGGAAACCGCCCUCGCGGGUGGCGAACUAGCACCUGGCCCCCAAUUUGAGGACUUCGCGCGCUUCAUGCAAUAUUACACACAAGCCAACAUCAAGCGCGCGACGCAAUGUUUCACAAAGAUGCUCGAGCCCCUACCAGCCUCAUGUGUCCUGCAACCCCCGGUUCCAAAGGUACCUCCCCCACCGGACGCCUUCAACCUCAUUCGUUUCCAGUCGUCCCCGUCCACCAUCACCCGGGCUGCUCUUGACGCCGCAUCUCGCCGUCUCUCCGUGACCCCUAGCACAUUGAUCUACGCUGCAUGGGCGCUCUUCCUCCAUAAAAUUACCCUGUGGCCCCGCGUCGGCUUCUCCGUCAGUCUUUCAGGCCGCACAGCUCCAUGGCCAUUGGCCCCCGCCGUUGUCGGACCCCUUCUCUGUCGCUCUUUGUUCAGCACCAGCAUUGACAGAGACGCAACAGUCCAUGGCUGGCUCGCGACCGUGCACAAAAUAACUCUCGAUAUUAUCGAGUUCGAUGGGCUCACGCAUUCCCUGCCUGCAUCUCUGAUGGCCGACCCCCGCACGAACACAUCCAACGUGCUCUGCUUCCUGGAUGUCCCGGCGCCGUCGCAGAAUUGGAGUCACAAGGAUCGCCAGAAGCAUUACUAUACCCUUUCGUGGUACAUCACCCAGCGGGGUGAAUAUGUGGCAACGGAGUUGGAGGUUCAGUUGGAGAAGGUGGAUCUAGACUGGGCAAAGGCCGUGGCUGGUCUGCCUGAGGAGAUCUUGUCGGGACUUAUCACCGCGACGGAGUCUACUCGUGUCGCGGAGUUAAUUACCACUAAGUAGCCAAAGCCACUUUCUAUACAUCCAAGUACUGUACAUCAAGUGGGGCUCGUGGGUAGCAUCUCAGACAAUCGAAGCAGUAGUCCUCGCACUUGUGCACUCGGGUAUCCGGAAGCUUGCCACUCGGAACCACCCAAGUCGCACCACGAACAAUGAUACCAUAGGUUCCGCGGCAGGAUCACGCCACUGGAACAAUAGCACUCAGAGACAUAUCAACA